UCAGUUUUUGGACAACCACUCCGGAAGCCAUCUCUGUGUCUCUCGACCAUGUCUGCAGCAGCUGCAACUGCAUUACAAUCUUCCCUAUGCAUCUCUUCUCAGAAGCCAUCAUCUUCCCCUGGAAAUUCCCAACAACCAAACAGCCUUUCAGCAGCAAAACCCAAAAGUCUCCUCCAUAAACACCCACUCUACUCAUCAACUCAUCAAAAUCUGUCCCUCCAAAUCAAAGAGAAAAUCUUAUGCCUUGAAAUCAUGGGCAUUGACUCAGGUAAAGCACUCUCUCUUAACCCUUCUCUUCACACCACUUCCCUCCAUUCUAUCCAUUCCAUAAUGUCCUUCCUCCAAUCCAAAGGCAUUCACCAAAAGGACUUCCCUAGAAUCUUUGGCAUGUGCCCCAAAAUCUUAACCUCUAACGUCAAAGCUGACCUUAACCCAGUUUUCAGUUUCCUCUCCCAAGACCUUCAUGUCCCAGAAAACAACUAUAGGAAGGUCAUUAAUAAGUGUCCAAGAUUGCUUACUUCAAGUGUCAGAGACCGGCUAAAACCAGCUUUGUUCUAUCUUCAAAGGCUUGGUUUUAAAGAUUUAGGGGCUUUGGCCUAUCAAGAUCCUGUGUUGUUGGUUUCUAGUGUGGAACAUACCUUGAUACCUAAACUGAAGUUCUUGGAAAGUAUAGGGUUUUCAACCAAUGAGGCUAAAAGUAUGGUGUUGAGGUGUCCAGGGCUGUUCACUUUCAGCAUAGAAAACAACUACAAGCCAAAAUUUGAGUACUUCAACGAGGAGAUGAAAGGGGAGUUGGAGGAGUUGAAGGAGUUCCCUCAGUUCUUCGCUUUUAGUUUAGAGAAGAGGAUAAAACCAAGGCACAUUGAAGUCAUGCAAAGUGGGGUUAAAUUGGGUUUGGCUAACAUGCUAAGAAGCACAGAUGAAGAGUUUAAAGAGUUGCUGAGGGAAGGAGGCAAUCGCUGAUGCAUGGAGAUGCUGUUUCACAGGACAAGGUGGACCCGUUUUCACUCGUUGCUCAUGAAAUGUCACUGGUUUCAAAGAGGUUGCGUUCAUCUGUAGUUGCUCAGGU